UCGUGGCGUCGCAACAGUGACCACGGAGUUGUCGGUAGAAUUACAGAACAUAUUAAACGUCGCUAAAAUAUUACGGAUAAAUUUUGGGAGUAUGGCAUUUGUCGAAGCCCCCUUUCAAUCAAAAACCAUGGAUUCGAUGGUGCCGGAUUGGCUUUCAGCCGAACACAGUACCGGCACAUCAAUCAUGGCUUGUGAAUUCGAAGGCGGUGUAGUAAUCGGUGCUGAUUCACGAACCACUACAGGCGCUUACAUCGCCAAUCGAGUCACAGACAAGCUCACCAAAGUGACGGAUCACAUUUAUUGCUGUCGUUCAGGCUCUGCUGCAGACACCCAAGCUAUCUCAGAUAUAGUUUCGUACCACCUGGCUUUCCACCAAAUGGAACUUGGUGAACCACCUUUAGUCGAGACCAGUGCAAAUGUAUUUCGUGAGUUGUGCUACAACUAUCGAGACUCCCUUAUGGCAGGCAUUUUGGUAGCUGGCUGGGAUCGUCGUAAAGGUGGUCAAGUUUACAGCAUUCCUUUGGGAGGCAUGUGCGUGCGCCAACCAAUUGCAAUCGGUGGCUCUGGUUCAAGCUACGUUUACGGUUACGUAGAUGCGCAUUAUAAGCCCAACAUGACCAAGGAUCAGACAAUAGAAUUGGUCAGCAACACACUGUCAUUGGCCAUGUCACGUGACGGUAGCAGUGGUGGAGUCGUAAGACUUGGUGUUAUAACUAAAGAAGGCGUUGAAAGACGAGUCAUCCUCGGUAAUAAGCUGCCUCAAUUCUACGAGGGAUAAAUAAAUUAUUUCUACAACCAUUUAUUACAUUACAUGUCUUAAAGUGCCCUGUGUACUGUUUUAGCUGUUCAGCUGUAAUCUGUUUAACUGGUUUUCCUUCAAUUUUGGUAAAUAAAUGACGGAAACGAAA